AUGACUCAGGACUCUGAAGUGUUGCUAUGGCACACUGUUUUACAACGACAUAGGAACUACGUUCAUUCCUGCAUCGGUGAUUUUACUUUGGAUAGAUCAUCAUUAGCGACAGCAGAAGCUGAUACAACAAGUGUUAAGGGACCGAGGUCAUCGAAGAAGCGGAAGGAACUGCAAUUAUGUCUAGCUACACAGGAUUGUGUCGAAUUGUACGAUGUUAGCAAUGGAACAUUGGAUGCGUUGGGUAAAUGGCCUAUAGCAGCUACUAUUCUUUCUAUGACCAAGUUGAAUAUGGAUAGAUGUUCACAUACGAUUUUGGUGUUGAUAACUGAUUCUGGGAAUUUAACAUUUUGGCAGUUUGAGAGGGAUUCCGUGAGCGGGAAAGUGUACGUGCGUACUUUGGCAAACGAACCGAUUUCCAGAUCUGGGAUCAGAAGGUUUGUACCUCAAUAUCAAAUGGUUUCGGAUCCACAGAGUAGAUGUGUAUUUUUCAGUGGGAUUGAGCGUUCAAAGAUGUGCGUGUUGGCUGACUGGCAACGUGGGAAAUUGGUUGUUGGUUCUCCUAUAGAGAUUCAACGAAGUGAUAGAAUCACUUUGGCAUCGGCAGCUUGUGAUGUAAGUUUUGAUAAUCCGGUGAAUGCUGCCAUAGAGGUAGAAUCUGGGACAAAUGAUUACUAUUUGUCUUUUUAUACAAUGGAUUUGGGUCUUAACACGUUGCUACUCCGGAAAGAGCAUCUUUUAGAGGAUAAAUCCAUCAAUUUCGUUAUGCAAUGCCCAAAUUUACAACAGUAUAAGAUUAAAACUAGACCGAAUGAUGAAACUGAUCAAGAUUCGGUAAAUCCAUUUGUUAUUUGUGGUUAUGAUGGAUACUUGACUCUGAUAGACUUAGAAGGCUUUUAUGAAGUGUCUGUUCAACUCCCCGUCAGAAAAACUGUUUCGUCAACUAAUAUCAUCAACGGUACUAUUCAUAAAUUGAAGAAAGAUUUUUUCAUCCUAAUGCAGUCUAACCACGGAGAUAUGUACAAGGUCGGAAUUAUCCCUGAUGAAGAAACUAAGGCGCCAGUUCUUGAAAUUGCAUACUUUGAUACACUCCCCACUUCUGAAGACAUCCACAUUUUCAAGUCAGGUGCUCUUUUCAACGUAUCAGAAUUCGGGACCUCUUAUUUAACACAGUUCGAAAGUCUUGGUGAAGAUCUAGAAAAAAUUACAUCUUAUACCCCGGGAAGGAGAUCAUUUAUUGAAACAGAGUCCACUUUGAAAAACCUAUCCAUUCUUGACUCCUUAACUUCUUUAAAUCCCUUGACGUCAUUUCAUGCAUCAAAUUCGACACCACUCACGAUAUUGGCUGCAGCCAAUCAAACUGAGAAUCUUGUUAAAUUGACUUCUGCGGUUGAUUUUGAAGAACUUAUAUCAACUACAUUACCUAGAAUACCAUCAAAACUUUGGACCGUUAGAAUUCCUAAAAACGAAACUCACAGUCUGAUAUUUCUUUCUAUGGAAACCUCAACGACCAUCUUGAAGAUCCAUGAGGGAACUGUCGAAGAUUUUGGUGGAGAUUCAAACCCAUUUAUUUUGAACAAACCAUCAUUGUUUGUUGGCGCUAUGGUUCAAAGAAGUAUUAUUCAAGUUACUCGGGAUUGUCUUUUACAAAUUAUUGAAAUGCAUGAUGGUCCAUACACCAAAAAACUUGAAUGGUAUCCACCAGCUGGUGUUGGCAUCGUGACAGCAUUUUGUAAUGAGACACAGUUAGUUGUCGCUUUAACAAAUCAUGAAAUAUGCUAUUUUGAAAUCAUAGAAGAUUCGUUAAACGAAUUACAGGAUCGAGUGGAGAUGGAUUCUACAGUGAAUUCUAUUGCAUUGCUCGCCGGUCAAAAGUCAGGCUAUUGUGUAUUAGGAUGUGAAGAUUCUAGUCUGCAGAUUCUCAACUUACAGAGUAAACAUCCAGAUUUUUUCACUAUCUGUGCUAUUCAGUCACUAAUAUCAAAACCGCACUCUCUACUUUUCAUGCGGGACACGUCGGAUCUUAAGAUCCACGUAGGUAUGAAAAGUGGUGUUUAUCUGUCAUCUAAACUCAAUAUCAAUGAUGGCACAGUGUUCGAUGUACGUACUAGAUUUGUCGGAACGAAGCCCGUCCAGGUAAAUCUCUUGGACAAUAUAGAUAUCAAUCACAAAGAUGAUGAUGAUGAUGAACCUGGAGAAAAUGAUUCAAAAAUAGACGAUUUCAAGAAGAAGAUUUCGGAUUUCACUCCACUAGUGGUAUUGAAUUCAAGCAUAUCUUGGGUAACUUACGAAAUUGAUGAUAAAAUCACAUUACGUCCUUUGAAAACAGAUGAGGGGAUAACCUUGAAACAUAUAAAUGCUUUUAUCACGGAUGAUAUCAAGCGCAACGGCUGCUGUUCCAUAACCAGCAAAGGGCAACUCCUAAUCGGCAAAUUAGAUAACUUUUUGUCCUGGAGUAACUGGUUCAAUGAGAAAAAGUAUACCCUUGUUAAUGACGAACUUAAAAACGCUGGCAAUGAAGAAGAGGAUGAAGAUGAGGAUGAAGAUGAGGAUGAAGAUGCAAGUGAGAAGUACGAAAUCGUUGGUUAUCAAUCACAACGGAUCCUUUCAGAUACAACGGACAAUUCGUUAUCAUAUGUUAUUUCAAAGACAGCUAAUAAAGAAACCAGUCUAUCAGCUAUUCGCGAUGAUAAGCUAUUGGCAACAAACAAUGGGAAUACGGUCGUGAUUAUUGCUAAAGAGGUCUUUAAUGCUGUCUGUAGUUGCAAUUUCGGUACAAAUGUUAAAUAUAUUGUCAUAUCUACUGAAUCAGGGAAAUUUAUUGUGAUUCAAAUUCGAGUGAAGAACAACGUUCUUGAAACCCAAUACAUUCAUGAAACAAUGGUGCAUAGUAAGGUCAAUGCCAUGGUUUCGUUUGGAGAUAAAUUGGCAUGUUGCAUUCUUGGCAAUGUUGUCCUAUUUGGACUAGGUAAAAAACAAUUGUUGAGGAAAAGCAUCACCGAAAUGCCACCAUAUAUUACCCAAGUAACUGCAUUAGACCAAUGGGAUGGAACCAUGUUAGCAGUUGGUGAUAUUAGAGAAUCUGUUACGAUCUUCAAGUAUGAUAUAGAUAAUAACAGCUUCAUUGGAGUAGCAGAUGACAUUGUGAAAAGGCAUGUUACUACAGUCAAGUUCAUAGAUGUAUCGAGUGUUAUCGGUGGGGAUAGGUUUGGUAACUGUUGGGUCCUUAGGGUGAACUAUGAGAGCGACACUAGAGUCGCAUCUAACAUUAAAGCUUGCCAAUAUACCUUAGAAACGUUGUGCCAUAUGUACAUGAACGAUACUCCGAUGAAAUUUGAGAUUGUGAACCAUAUGAAUAUGUCCGAUCGACCAGCCAUCUUAUGGAUCGGACUACAAGGAACCAUAGGUUGUUUCGUCCCCUUGAUAACAAGAAAGGAGCAACAGUUAUACCAAUCGUUCCAAUCCACAUAUGCCGAGCUUGAUGUUCUACAUUUCCAAGAUAACAACAAGCCUGAGGAAGUUGAUUUGGAAGAAACAGAAGGCGCGUUAGAUGAAGCGUAUCACACUACUAAGAAUACAGACCACCAAGAUUAUGUUGAAGGCGUGAUAAGCCGUGUUGGAAGAGACUUUUUGAGUUACCGUAGCAGUUAUGCUCCAAGUAAAAACAUUAUAGACGGUGAAACGUUAGAACAAUUGACAACGUAUUUACCAAGCGAUCAAAGAUGGAUAGCCAGUAAGAUGAAGCAUGCCGAUUCCGGCAAACUAGACAUUUUCAAUAAAUAUAUAAACGAGAUGCGUACUAACUACGUAUAA